GGAGAUGCUUUUAUCAUGAGCUUUAUGCAUUCUCAUUUCUGAUUUAUACAGCUCAGUCGGCACAGAGCAAUGUGUCAAGAACGUCAAAGUUGGCGAAGAGAAACCCCGUUUUCUCUAGUUCUAUCAAUUCCUCUUGCACAUACACUUCAAUGCUUUCCCAGAAGACAAUCAUUAUCGGGCCUACAGCUGCUAUAAUAUCGACUUUAGUUUGCUAUAUCACCGUCUUAUCUGUCUAUCGUCUGUUUCUACAUCCUUUGGCCAAAUUUCCAGGUCUUAAGCUCGCUGCUCUUACAAAAUGGUAUGAAUUCUACUUCGACCUAAUAAAUCCAUUUGAGCUCCACGUACAAGACCCUGACUGGUUUGACACACUGUACGCUGGAAAUCCUACCAGAAGGGAUAAAUAUCCGCCAGCUGCAAGUAUGGCUGGCGCACCUUUGGGCACUUUUGGCACAGUUGAGCAUGAUAUCCAUAGAAAACGUCGUGCUGCCAAUAGUCAUUUACUCUCUACACGUGCGAUAUCCGAUGCCCACCCUUUGAUACUGGAUCAAGUACGAAUCCUCUCGGACCAAUUUGAACGGUAUUUGAGUACGAAAGAAAUAAUUGACCUUCGCGUUACUUUCCUCGCCUUCACCACAGAUACAAUCACAAGGUAUGCGCUCGGGGAAAAUAAGAAUCUUCAAGAAAACAAGACGCUUGCAGUCGACUGGAGCGCAACAAUAAGGGCUGUUGCCAGAAUAACGCCGCCGAUGAAGCAGUUUCCCUGGAUGAUGGCCGUAGCUCUUUACAUUUCUAUCAAAAUUAUAAGAUUCUUCAUGCCUGAACUAUCCAGACUAGUGCAUUAUCAUGCUGAAAUGCGAGCUUUUGCCGAGCGAUUUUUAUCCCAGCAACAGGCGAGCCAAGAAAAGCAGAAAAUUCUUGAAACUUCUUUUAAUAUGGCCUUGUUUCAAUGCAUAUCGGAUAGCAAUCUACCAGCUCAUGAGAAAUCGGCAAAACGACUUGCUCACGAAGCAGUUGUGGUGAUAUCCGCAGCAGCCGAAACCACAUCUCGCGCUCUGAGCAUCGCCAUGUUCUAUAUACUGUCUGGCCGUCAAAUUUUAAGACGAUUACGGGAUGAAAUAGAUAUAGCAAUGCCCGAUUACUCCAUCUCACCAUCCGCAAAAGCUUUAGAAGGGCUUCCUUACUUGGUUGCAACCGUCAAGGAGGCAUUACGAAUAUCUGCAAUUAUCACAUCAAGAAUGCCAUUAAUGGCUCAUACUGAGCUGGCUUAUAAGAAUUGGAAGAUACCACCAAUGGCAGGUCCUGCAUUUUUUCCUUUUGUAAUCGAGUAAUUGGUUGGCUGACUCAUCGUAAGACGCCUACAAGCAUGACGAUUCACGAUAUUCUACUUGAUCCUAAUAUAUAUGAGAAUACACACAAAUUUAAUCCA